UUCCCUCCCCCUCUUCUCGCUAGUCGCUCCCCACCUCGUUACCUCCCCUCCCUCCUCGCUCCCGCCACCAUCCCCACGCCCACACGCGUCGCCGGCCGCCGCGCGCGAAUCCCGAGGCCGGGAUCGAACCGCCGCCUGCUCGCCGGAAUCGCCGCCCCGCCUCGGCCCCUCUCCCUCUCUAUUUCCCCCACAAGGUUCAAUUCGCCCGGGCGGCGCAGGAGCCCCCACCAAUCUUGGAAAGAUUCGAUCGACGACCGGCAAUGCCGCGCUCCGCGUAGCCAGAAUCGGGCACGGUCACCGCGCGCCGAGGGGCCGCCGAGAUGGGCCGUGCCGGCGGGCGGCGGCGCGACCGCCUGCGGUGGAGCAAGCUCUACACCUUCUCCUGCUUCCGCGCCCCUGCCACCGACGAGGCUGUCGGCCCCUCCAGCGCGGGCGGCGCCGUCGGCGGGCCGGGGUUCUCGCGCGUCGUGCACUGCAACAACCCGGCGAUCCACCGCCGGAAGCCGCUCAAGUACCCCACCAACUACAUCUCCACCACCAAGUACAACAUCAUCACCUUCCUCCCCAAGGCCAUCUUCGAGCAGUUCCGCCGCGUCGCAAACCUCUACUUCCUCCUCACCGCCAUCCUCUCGCUCACCCCGGUCUGCCCCUUCUCUGCUGUCAGCAUGAUCGCGCCGCUGGCCUUCGUCGUCGGGCUCAGCAUGAUCAAGGAGGGGGUGGAGGACUGGCGGCGCUUCAUCCAGGACAUGAAGGUGAACAACCGCAAGGUUGCUGUGCACAAGGGUGAUGGCCAAUUCGAGUACAAACACUGGGAAGACCUUUGUGUUGGCGAUGUGGUCAAAGUCGAAAAGGAUCAGUUCUUCCCCGCUGAUUUACUGCUGCUGUCCUCGAGCUAUGAGGAUGGCAUUUGCUACGUUGAGACAAUGAACCUGGAUGGCGAGACGAACCUCAAGGUCAAGAGGUCACUUGAGGUUACGCUGCCAUUGGAAGAGGACGAGUCCUUUAAGGAUUUCCGGGCAGUGAUACGCUGUGAGGAUCCAAACCCGAGCCUGUACACAUUCGUUGGCAACUUUGAGUAUGAGAGGCAGGUGUACGCCAUCGAUCCGUUUCAGAUACUUCUCAGGGACUCAAAGCUGAGGAAUACAGCCUUUAUCUAUGGAGUGGUCAUUUUUACUGGGCAUGACAGUAAGGUAAUGCAGAAUUCAACUGAGUCACCAUCCAAGAGGAGCAGGAUUGAGAGGAAGAUGGAUUUGAUCAUAUACAUUCUGUUCACUGUGCUUGUGUUGAUAUCGCUCAUCAGUUCAAUUGGUUUUGCUGUGAGAAUCAAGUUAGACCUGCCCCACUGGUGGUACUUGCAGCCACAGAACUCUAAUAAAUUGGAUGAUCCAUCACGCCCUGCUCUUUCUGGGAUAUUCCAUCUCAUCACAGCACUCAUUCUUUAUGGGUAUUUGAUUCCAAUUUCGCUGUAUGUCUCGAUUGAACUUGUGAAGGUAUUGCAAGCACAUUUCAUCAACCAGGACAUUCAUAUGUUCGAUGAGGAGACUGGCAAUACUGCUCAGGCUCGUACAUCAAACUUGAAUGAGGAGCUUGGCCAGGUUCACACAAUUUUGUCGGAUAAAACUGGCACUUUGACCUGCAAUCAGAUGGACUUCUUGAAGUGUUCAAUUGCUGGAAUUUCAUAUGGUGUGGGUUCAAGCGAAGUUGAACUUGCUGCCGCAAAGCAGAUGGCCUCAGGUGCUGAUGACCAAGAUAUCCCUUUACGAGAUGUAUGGGAGGAGAGCAAUGCGGAUGGAAUUCAGUUGGUAGAAGGUGUUACCUUUAGUGUUGGAAAUAACCGAAAGGCCUCCAUAAAAGGCUUCAGUUUUCAGGAUGACCGUCUAAUGCAAGGGAACUGGACCAAGGAACCAAAUUCUUCCACAAUUCUCCUGUUCUUCAGGAUCCUUGGUCUUUGUCACACAGCGAUUCCUGAGAUAAAUGAGGCAACUGGUUCUAUUACCUAUGAAGCAGAAUCACCUGAUGAGGGGGCCUUUCUUGUGGCAGCCAGAGAGUUUGGGUUCGAAUUUUUCAAGAGAACACAAUCAAGCGUCUUUGUCAGGGAGAAACACACUUCAUCAAAGGGCACAACUGAGAGGGAGUUCAAGAUUCUCAACUUAUUGGAAUUCAACAGCAAAAGAAAGCGAAUGUCCGUAAUUCUGAAGGAUGAAGAUGGUCAAAUUCUUCUUUUUUGCAAAGGAGCAGAUAGCAUCAUAUUUGAUAGACUGGCCAAAAAUGGACGGAUGUAUGAAGCUGAUACGAGUAAGCAUCUGAAUGAUUAUGGUGAGACAGGCUUGCGAACUUUGGCCCUAUCAUACAGGUUGCUUGAGGAAUCAGAAUAUUCUUCUUGGAGUUCUGAGUUUCUUAAGGCAAAGACCACUAUUGGGCCUGAUAGAGAGUUGCAACUGGAGCGAGUCUCUGAUUUGAUCGAAAGAGAGCUGAUCCUUGUUGGUGCAACUGCAGUAGAGGACAAAUUACAAAAAGGGGUUCCUCAGUGCAUAGAUCGUUUGGCGCAAGCAGGUCUCAAGAUCUGGGUUCUGACUGGUGAUAAGAUGGAAACUGCAAUUAACAUCGGAUAUGCAUGCAGUUUACUGAGGCAAGGCAUGAAACGGAUAUGUUUGUCCAUACCUACCGGUGACCAAGUAGCCCAGGAUGCAAAAAAGGCUUUGCUUUCAUCUUUGACAACUAAGCAGGCUGCAAAAGAGAGUCUCAUGUUGCAAAUCGCCAAUGGGUCACAAAUGGUCAAGCUGGAGAAGGAUCCUGAUGCCGCAUUUGCUCUGGUUAUUGAUGGAAAAGCUCUGGCAUUUGCUUUGGAGGAUGACAUGAAGCAUAUGUUUUUGAAUCUGGCAACAGAGUGUGCUUCUGUCAUAUGUUGCCGAGUGUCUCCAAAGCAAAAAGCGCUGGUGACCCGACUCGUCAAAGAAGGUAUUGGGCAAACCACUUUAGCAAUAGGUGAUGGUGCAAAUGAUGUAGGCAUGAUUCAAGAAGCAGAUAUUGGAGUUGGCAUAAGUGGGGUGGAGGGCAUGCAGGCGGUGAUGGCUAGUGAUUUUUCAAUUUCCCAGUUUCGGUUCCUUGAGCGACUCCUUGUUGUCCAUGGCCAUUGGUGCUACAAGAGAAUCGCUCAAAUGAUCUGCUACUUCUUUUACAAGAAUAUUGCUUUUGGCCUUACAAUAUUUUACUUUGAGGCAUUUGCUGGAUUUUCUGGGCAAUCUGUAUAUGAUGAUUGGUUUAUGCUGCUUUUCAAUGUUGUUCUCACCUCGCUUCCUGUUAUAUCACUUGGAGUAUUUGAGCAAGACGUUUCAUCCGAAAUCUGCUUACAGUUUCCAGCAUUAUAUCAGCAAGGGCCAAAGAACCUUUUCUUUGAUUGGUACCGGAUCCUAGGAUGGAUGGGGAAUGGCCUCUACUCAUCUCUGGCUAUAUUCUUCCUCAACCUCUGUAUAUUCUAUGAUCAAGCAAUCCGUGCUGGGGGACAGACUGCAGACAUGGCUGCAGUGGGAACUACCAUGUUCACCUGCAUCAUCUGGGCUGUUAACAUGCAGAUUGCUCUAACAAUGAACCAUUUCACAUGGAUUCAACAUCUCUUUGUGUGGGGCAGCAUAACAACUUGGUAUCUCUUCAUCCUCGCCUACGGGAUGACUUUGAGGUCCCGCGACAACUACCAAAUUCUGUUGGAAGUCCUUGGGCCAACUCCCUUGUACUGGGUGGCGACGCUUCUGGUGACUGCUGCUUGCAGUAUCCCCUACCUAAUUCACAUAUCUUACCAGAGAUCGUGCAAUCCACUUGAUCACCAUGUGAUUCAAGAGAUCAAGUACCUACGGAAAGACGUCGAGGACCAGACAAUGUGGAAGAGGGAGCGGUCAAAGGCCAGGCAGAAGACAAAGAUUGGUUUCACCGCAAGGGUGGAUGCGAAGAUUAAGCAGAUUAGGGGGAAAUUGCAUAAGAAAGGCCCAUCUUUAACCAUUCAUACUGUAUCCUAAAAUUCUUUGUCACGUGACAGGCUCGUCGACAGUGGUUGCCACCUUGUUUGCUCCUGCAAGGCUGUGGUUUUUAGCUACUCUGAGCAAUAUAGCGAAAUUCUUUUCUUGUUUCUCUACUUUUUUAUUUUUUGGAUUUUUUUUUCACCGUUUGUGUAAGAAUGUUGGGGUGUACUCGGUGGUCUUCACCCUAGUAGAAGUUACAGAGCCAGCCGUGUAAAAAGUAUAGCUCCUUCCAGUUGGAUAAACAACCUAUCGAGAUAGCUGACAACAUAUGUAUAUCUGCAAUUUUGCUUGUUGCCUUCUAUUGUAAUUAUUUGACAUUGUUAUCUACAGUGGUCAUAGUACCAGCUGUUUCCUUCUGUAUGAGAGGGCGAGGCACUCUACAAUCUACAUGUGAGUUCUGUUUC